GAUGCCUGUUCGCAAUCGCUGUUCGUGAUUCAUGUUUGUGUUGUUAUGUGACUAUUGAAACAGGGGGUUUAUUUGUGUUGUAAUUCAAUAUAUUAUACGUUUGAAGAUUAUAACUAACAAGAACUGUUAUUUACUGAUUGAUCAGUCAUUAGUUCUAUUUUUUCUGACGUUUUAGUUCGUCUUUAUUGCUUUGAAAGAGUUGGUGUUCUAACCUAUAACAGCAUUAUGUCCUAAAUGUUUGUUGUUUUAUAGCUUAGAAAUCAGUGCGAUUCUGUGGUAAAAUAUAAUUUAUUCGUAUUAUUAAGGUCUCUUAGUACACAAGAUGGAUAUGGGAGAUAUGAGCAAUCUUGAUAGGCAAAUUGAACAGUUGAAAAAAUGUGAAAUCAUAAAGGAAGCCGAAGUCAAAGCCUUGUGUGCUAAAGCAAGAGAGAUAUUAGUUGAGGAAAGUAAUGUACAAAGAGUGGACAGUCCUGUUACUGUUUGUGGAGACAUUCAUGGUCAGUUCUACGAUUUAAAGGAGUUAUUCAAAGUUGGAGGUGAUGUUCCUGAAACCAAUUACCUGUUCAUGGGUGAUUUUGUAGAUCGAGGAUUUUACAGUGUUGAAACUUUUCUUCUUCUUCUUGCACUAAAAGUACGAUAUCCAGACAGAAUAACUCUAAUUCGUGGGAAUCAUGAGUCACGCCAGAUUACUCAGGUGUAUGGGUUCUACGAUGAGUGCUUGAGAAAGUAUGGCAGCGUAACAGUCUGGCGUUACUGUACUGAAAUCUUUGAUUACUUGAGCUUGUCAGCCAUCAUUGAUGGGAAGAUAUUCUGUGUGCAUGGAGGAUUGUCGCCUUCCAUUCAGACUUUGGAUCAAAUAAGGACCAUUGACAGGAAACAAGAAGUACCUCAUGAUGGACCUAUGUGCGACUUGUUGUGGUCCGACCCAGAGGAUACUCAAGGAUGGGGUGUAAGUCCACGAGGAGCAGGGUAUCUUUUUGGCUCAGAUGUUGUUGCACAGUUCAAUGCUGCCAAUGAUAUUGACAUGAUUUGUCGAGCACAUCAACUUGUCAUGGAGGGCUACAAAUGGCAUUUCAAUGAAACUGUUUUGACUGUGUGGUCAGCACCAAACUAUUGUUAUAGAUGUGGAAAUGUUGCUGCUAUUUUGGAAUUAAACGAGCAUCUUCAGCGUGAUUUUACAAUAUUUGAAGCAGCCCCUCAAGAAAGUCGGGGCAUUCCUUCUAAAAAACCUCAAGCUGAUUAUUUCUUAUGAGAGCAAGCAUUUUUUGAAGAAUGCAUGGACGAUUUGAAAAAAAUUUAUGAAUACUAAAGGAGUUGUUUUAUAGUUAGUUAAGUGAACAAUUUUACUGUAGGCCUAGUUAACAUUUUAGGCUACAUGAAACAAAAAUAGCUCUAUUGUAAGUUUUAUAAGACUUGUUAAAGUGUUUAUAAUUGUGUCUAUUACUUGAUUUCUAUAAAUGAAAAAUCUCCAGACAGACUUCAACAAUCCAAUUCAGUGUGGUAGAACUUCUGAUUGCCAAUGGCUUAUAUAGGCUAUAAUUAAUGUUUCUAUUUUUGCUGGGCAGAAAUGAAUGAUGCUCUAUGUCAUGAAAUGGUAAGUAAUUUUAAAGAUGGAAAAUUAUA